CAACAACAACAACUUCCGCCGGAGCGGCUAGUGCUACGGAAAAGAAACCGAUAGGAUCCUAAUCCUAUAUAUUAUGUAAUUUACGUUUUAUACAGGGUGUUAAAUAAAUGCGUUUAAUAUUACAGUAAAACAUUAGUUUCACGGUACGCCUGAGUACCAUUUCUCUUAACUGGACAAGUCAUUGCACUGCGGCGGCUUCUGUCUUCCAUAAGGGUGAGUAUGAGUGGGGGCGAGGUGUUCCAUGAGAAACAGAGAUUGGAGCUCUGCGCCAUCCAUGCCCUGAACAACGUGCUUCAGGAGAGAGUGUUCACCAAGGAGACAGCAGAUGACAUCUGCAAGCGGCUUGCCCCACAAUGUGUGAUGAAUCCACACCGCUCAGUGUUAGGCACAGGAAACUAUGACGUAAAUGUGAUUAUGGCGGCUUUGCAGAGUCGGGAGCUUGCUGCUGUAUGGUGGGACAAACGGAGGUCUGUACAGAAUUUAUGCCUGGACAAAAUUCAAGGCUACAUUUUGAACGUCCCAUCAAGGGUGUCGCUUGGAUUUGUGUCUCUCCCACUGAGACGCAGACACUGGCUGGCAGUACGAGAGGUCAAUGGGCAGUAUUAUAACCUAGACUCCAAAUUAAAGGGGCCUGCCUGUAUUGGCGGUGAAACAGAACUCAGGUCAUUUCUCAUUGAACAGCUUUCUCCGGAUGUUGCAGAGAUGCUCCUCGUCGUCCAGAAGGAAGUAGAAGAUGACGGCACGUGGCUGAAACCCGACGACCCCAGGAAGUGAUUUCUCACAACGGGACAUUCUCUUUCUCUCAAUGUGGAGCCAAGUAACUGAAUGAGAGAUGCUGGAGCUCUGGAGGGCUCAUUUAUAUCGUGGGCCAUGAAGAACUCUACAAGAGGAUUGUUGGUAAUGUGCUCACAUUCAUGUGUUCACAUUCAUUCACGCAGACACAAAUUAAUUUGAGAGAAUGAUCCGGUGUUAAAUCAAAGGGAUGCCAUAACCAAUAUGAAGGAACUGUUAACUGGUUGUGUGGUUUGUGGGAAGACACUACUUUUGCUGUCCCAACUGCAUCACUCUUCUGUCUCUCGAUCUUUCUCCUCUCAGGAACGAUGAUCUCUCACUUUAUCUCUGUCUAUGCACUCCACUGCUGAAGUAGCUCAAAGAUUUGUGCGUCUUUGUUAUGACUAUGCACAGAAAUGGUACUCUAAUGUUACUCAAUGUAUUGUAGAUUGCCUUUUAGAUGUCAGUUUACAUUUUACUAUGCACAUAGGAAAGCGAUGAAGAGUUUGUCUGUCUCCUUUAGCUUUUAAGCUCUUUCACAAACUGCCUCAUUUACAUCGACCACCAAAGUGAGGGACAAAGAAUAAAUUUGAUUUGUUUUAUUCUAUUGAUUUGAA